CCCUCUGUUUUCUUUUAGUGUUUACAAAGAUGACCCUUGUGACUGGUGGAGAAAAAAUUUUAGGUUUAAAUUAGGGUUAGUACUUUUCUGAAGCCUUCUUGUAACAUGCUUUCCUAUGGAGAGGUCCAACUGUGUUAUCAGCCAUCCACUAACGAUGUCUUUUUUACGUGGUACAACCAGUUUUUCGUGUUACUGUUUAACAUAACGUAGUAUUUAGGGUAAUGUUGUAGUAGUCUGUCCAUUUGAAAUUUUGUGCACGACAUGUAGAAAUAAAACAACAAAAUCAUUGUUUAAGACCACAACAAGCAAAGAUGAGCACUAGGGCACUUUUCACUGUGAUGUUAGUCAUCAUCAUCAAUGGAACUGCCAUUUAUUACUAUUCCCAGAUAUCACGGAACGUUGAACAGACAUCUGAAGAAUCAUCUGUACAAUAUGAACAACAGGAUCAAACUCACAUUAAAGACAACAAAAGAAAAGAAACAAGAACAUCAUCAAAAAGCUGUCAUCCAAGAAGAAAGUUUGUCUUCAUCAAAACCCACAAGACCGGGAGCUGUACUGCCGUGAACAUCUUUCAGAGAUAUGCCAUCAGUCACCAUCUGUCUGUGCUGAUGCCAUCCGGAGGGCAUCUGCUCGCCUGGCCCUUCCCUCCUGCAGAAGAGGACUAUGUCCACACCCCAGAUGAACAGUAUGACGUCCUGCUGAACCACAUGCGGUACAAUAAAACAUGGCUACGGAACAAGUUCUCGGCUGACACAGCCUACAUCUGUAAGGAACGUUAUAUAGUAGAUUUCAAACAAUCCAAAUAG